CUCAAUUCAAAUUGAUUAUCACUCCCCCUCCAACCGAAAAAUCUCCAAGAAGAUCUUCUGCAUUCUCCUUGAACUCUUUUGAACUAUUUGCAGAACAGAAGUUUUUCAGACACACAAUCGGUCUUGAAAGAUUUAAUCAACCUUACACUACCAAGUUCCCUACUCUGAACAUUGGAAACUAUUCCUACUAAGGAGAUCCUCCCCAGAAGUAAUCAACCUUUACCACCGCAAGAAUGCUUAUCAAAGUCCGAACUCUCACUGGCAAGGAAAUCGAGCUCGAUGUCGAAGCUGACAACAAGAUCGAGAGAGUUAAGGAAAAGGUCGAGGAGAAGGAAGGCAUUCCACCCGUUCAACAGCGUUUAAUUUAUGGUGGCAAGCAAAUGGCCGACGACAAGCUAGUACAAGACUACGAACUCGAACCCGGAGCGACACUACAUUUAGUUCUCGCACUCCGCGGCGGUAUUUAAAUAGCCUCUCAUGUCAUUUUCCUCUCGACUUUCGACCGCGUUGCUGCCUACCGAAAUACCCCGCACCUCCUUCUUCAUGACUUUUACGCAUUCGAGCAAGUUUUCAUUGGUUAUGCCUCUUUUUUCCCCUUUUCACGAUACGAUACAAUGCGAUGCGAUGCGAUGCGAUGCGAUACGACGAGAUUACAUUGAUGGGCAGAUGAUUGGGCAUUUCAUUGAUGGAUGACGCAAAAACUCCGAAUAUUAUACAAUGGGCGGUUUUUUGCGUGCCAGCAUGACUUCGAUUUUGGCUGUCUGAUAUGGGAUUAGAUUUUCAAUAGACCGCGCAUGUCUCAAUAAUAAACUCUGC